AUGUCUAGUAAUAAAUUGUUUGAAAAAGAUGCUGAUGAAAAUAAUAUAUCAUUUGAAUAUGAUAGAAUCUAUAAUUUUAACUCUAAUUUUAAUGAAAAUAUUGAAGAUAGAAAUAGUUUUAGUGAUAAAAAUGUUAAUUAUAAUGAAGAUGAUAAUUAUAUUAGUGAAAAGGAGAAAAAUACU